CAUCUUUUCACUCUACCGUUUUCCGCGUCGGACAGAACAGCCAACUCGUUUCCCGACGACUUCUUUUCCACAAGGAAAAGCAGCAUAAAACUCAGCUCGAUAGCACCAGUCCAGUAUCCUUUGACCAGAGUCUCAACGAACCAGAAAAGCACGGUUAUGUCAAUGAGGGAAGAACUUGAGAUAUGCCAAAGACGUUGUUCGAGACGAGUAGGAAGGAAUAGUCCCAUCCCGUAAAGUGUACUGAUGCAUACAGCAGCGUUACAAUACAUGAGUACGAGCUCUCCUUCCAUGUCAGUCGAGAAAGCUUGAUGUCGCCAACAUGGGUCAGUGGCAGAAGAUCAUAAGCGGAUGAGAGGGCCAUGACGAUGUGUAGAUUUCAAAGCACAUUUUGAUCUGAAGUCAUGUUUAAAGUCCAGAGGGGUUAGUAGAUAACAGUGCAUUAUUGCACGCCGUUUCUCUACAGCUAAAUCUAUCCCUCGAGUUGCCUUCCUACGCCUCACAACUUCUGAAUAUCAUCCUGAGUGCCACUCUCCUUGGCCCCAACACGGCAACACCAUCAAACAACUCACGACAGACUCAGUCGUAACCCCCAUUAACAAUGGCGGCUCCACCAACACCGGCAGCCACAACCGACGCAACAUCAAGGCAAUUUCUCACCAACGUAGAGGUACCAGACUGGUACACCGACUCCUUCAUUUUCAGCGCCCACCGCCCCGUCACUCAUUCCGUCAAGUUCAAUCAUUUGCUUCACAAUCUCUUCUCUGUACCCCACUUUGCUCUGCCACUCGCGUUCUUACCACGAUCUAUGGUACGUAUAGACUACCUCGCCAUUCUUGUCCAGAUUCUGGGGUCGUUUGUGUCGGGUAUUUAUCUGGGGUAUUAUUGUGAGGCAAGGCUGCAGACGGUCUAUGGGUCAAUGAUUGCCGGUUUAUCGGUUGCCACAGGAUUCAUCGUGGUGAAUCCGUAUCUUCAGUCACCGAGAUAUCGGAUUUUGAGAACCAUGAGCUUCGUAGUGACUGGUUUCUCAGCCCUUACUCCGAUAACUCACGCUGCUGUCAUCUUCCCAUAUCACCAACUUGAUAAGCAGGCUGGGUUGAGACACUACUACGUCGAGGAAGAUAUCGUCCUGAUCGGCGUUGUGUUCUACAUCACCCGUUUCCCGGAAAGAUGGAAGCCCGGAGUAUUUGAUUUCUAGGUGGCAUCGCAUCAGAUAUUCCAUAUUUUGAUUGUCCUCUCCGCUGCGGCGGUGCAUUUAUAUGGAAUUAGGAGCGCGUUUGGAUGGAAUUAUGAGAACCCCCAGAUGCCCAGCAGAAACUUCACUGUAGCGAAGAAGGUAACACUAAGUAGUUAAGGUACCUAUAAUCCUAGCAUUUCUCAAACACCA